ACCUAACACCAAAAAAGUAAGCGUUACUGACCCCAUCUCCCAAUCUUAUAAUUCCUCAUUUCUAAUUUCCCCCUCUUUCUAAAACUUGAAAAAACGAAAACAAAAAAGUUUCUUCAUCUACUACCAAAAAAAAAAAAAAAAAAGUUUCUUCAUCACUCUCUUUCUUCCCUUGUACCUGUGAGAAAGAGUAACAGUAACAGAAUAAUAAAAAAGAUCGAUGGAAAAUAUCCCUGAAUCUGAGAAAACAAAAGCAAAAGAAGGAACUCCGAUUCACGAUGGUAAAUACAUUCAAUACAACGUCUUAGGCAACAUUUUUGAAGUCACUUCCAAAUACAUUCCUCCUCUUCAACCCGUCGGCCGCGGCGCAUACGGCAUCGUUUGCUGUGCGACGAACGCGGACACGAACGAAGGUGUUGCUAUAAAGAAGAUUGGUGAUGCGUUUGAUAAUAGAAUUGAUGCUAAGAGAACACUUAGGGAAAUUAAACUUCUUUGUCACAUGGAUCAUGAUAAUGUGAUUAAGAUUAAGGAUAUAAUUAAGCCAGCUGAUAAGGAAAAGUUUAAUGAUGUGUAUAUUGUGUAUGAAUUGAUGGAUACUGAUCUGCAUCAGAUUAUACAAUCUAAUCAGGCUCUUACUGAUGAACACUGUCAGUAUUUUCUAUAUCAACUCUUGAGAGGAUUGAAGUACAUACACUCUGCAAAUGUUUUGCACCGAGAUCUAAAGCCAAGCAAUUUACUUCUUAAUGCAAACUGUGAUCUCAAAAUAUGUGACUUUGGGCUCGCCAGAACAACCUCUGAGGCAGACUUCAUGACAGAAUAUGUUGUGACUCGUUGGUACAGAGCCCCUGAAUUGCUACUGAACUGUUCAGAAUACACUGCUGCUAUUGAUGUAUGGUCAGUUGGCUGCAUUUUGAUGGAGAUACUUAGAAGGGAGCCGCUAUUUCCUGGUAAAGAUUAUGUUCAGCAAUUGUCACUGAUAACUGAGUUGUUAGGUUCACCAAAUGAAGAAGAUCUCGGGUUCCUCCGAAGUGAUAAUGCAAAGAAAUAUGUUAAGCAGCUCCCGCAUGUAGACAAACAGCCCUUUUCACAAAGGUUUCCUGAUAUAUCCCCACUGGCAAUUGAUCUUACUGAGAAAAUGUUGGUUUUUGAUCCCUCCAAACGCAUAACUGUUGAGGAAGCACUAAAUCACCCAUAUAUGUCAAGCCUUCAUGAGAUCAACGAGGAGCCAGUUUGUCCAUCCCCUUUCGUCUUUGAUUUUGAACAGGCUACUCUGAACGAAGAAGAUAUAAAGGAGCUCAUAUGGAAGGAGUCUCUGAACUUCUGCCAGGAGCAGACGCCGGAAUAGCCUCGACGCAGCAGUCUUUUUCUUUAAUCCAGAGAUUCUAUGGAAUGUUAUAAUACAGGUUUGGAGUUGGGUUCAAAAAUUUACUUCUAGAAAAAAUGUUGUAGAAGGUUUAUUAGAGAUUUGGAGUUGCAAGUAUGAGUGAUGCAUGUGAUCGUGUAAUCUUUAGUCCGAGUGAUCAGGAAGACAGGUUCUCCCAGUUAUGUUGUCAUGAGAGGGAAAUGUUUUCUCUUUUCCGUUGUUUCUUGGUGAUUGUUAUAUACAUAAAUAGGGGCCUAUGCCUCGAAGCCUUUGUCUUUGGCUUGACAUUGUAUAAAUCCAAAUAUAGUUGUUAUCCAAAAAGUUGUUAAGCCACAAUAUAGUGGUUUUUGUUUCCA